GGUAAAAUGAUCGCGUCGGAUUAUCCAUCAGCACCUCUGGCGAGUGAGCCUUAUCACGAGACGCUGCUGCGUGCGCUCAAAAAACAUUACGAGACCGGAAAGAAUAAAUUUGCAUUUGUAGAUGGAGAGAGACCGGAGCGUGGUGUGACAUUCAGAUUGGUGCACGAUCAAGCUUAUUCCAUCUCCGCAUUUCUUCAUGAGAAAGGCUUUGGUAAGGACGUUGCAUGUGUGGUAAUCCCGAAUCUCUGGCAAUAUGCGCCAUUCUUCUUAGGAGUAGCUCUCAGAGGUGGAGCUGUUUCUGGAGCAUCUGCUAUGUUCACGGAUUUCGAACUGCAAAGGCAGUUUGUUGAUUCUGGAGCAAAGGUGGUGCUUACCUCUGAGGAUUAUCUUGAAAAGGUCUUGAAAGCAGUGAAGCAGAGCCCGAAUGUCAAGAUGGUGAUAUACAUACCCAAAGAGGACGACCACCCAGUCCCUGAAGGAGUUGUGAGCUGGAAUAAAGUCGUAAGAACUCGCUACAAUCCGAAGACCGUACCAAAAGCUGACAUUGAUUUGGAUAAAGAUAUGAUAAUCUUACCCUACUCCAGUGGCACUACAGGCUCUCCGAAAGGUGUUAUGCUCUCUCAUAGCAAUUUUGGUACGAUGAUGAACAUAUACUUGAAACACGAAGCUACUAACAUUGUACCUCUCAUUGCCAAUGACUGGGAUUACCAACGAGAAAAACUAAUGCUGUUUCUCCCAUUUUAUCAUGCCUUCGGUUUCGGUCUCCUCAACCUUAGCUUGCUGCAAGGCUCAACAGGAGUAGUUUUCAAGCAUUUCGAACCCAAUCAGUUCUGCAGAGCGAUACAGGAUCAUAAAAUCCAACUCCUACCUCUCGUACCACCAAUUCUGGUGUUUCUAGCCAAGCAUCCAAUCUGUGAUCAGUACAAUCUCUCAUCAAUAAAAGUGCUAAUUUGUGGAGCAGCCCCGGCUGGUCGAGAUAUAUGCGAGGAGUUGUCGAAAAAAUAUAAAAAUAUCAAAAAAUGUCCUGUGAAGGUAUUCUACCACUUUAUGAAGCCACAUGUCAUCGUGGGCUAUGGCAUGACAGAAUGCACAAUGGCAUCCCAUGUGCCGGAUCUCAAAAACAAUGUCCCUUUCGGAAGUGUAGGAAAAGUUGCUUCAAACUUACGAAUGAAGAUAAUUGAUCCUUCGACUGGGAAGGAAAUGCCGGCAGGAAUGCCUGGCGAGAUCUGCAUCAAGGGACCAACGGUUAUGCUUGGCUAUUUAGGCAAGCCAGAUGCAACAAAAAGCACGAUCAUCAACGGUUGGCUGCAUACAGGUGACAUUGGCUAUGUGGACGAAUAUAGAAAUUUAUUUAUUGUCGAUCGACUCAAGGAACUUAUUAAAGUCAAGGGAUUACAGGUUGCACCUGCCGAGUUGGAAGAUCUACUCUUGGCACAUCCCUUAAUUCGUGAUGCUGCAGUCAUCGGAAUACCUGAUAAACGUUCUGGUGAAUUACCUCGUGCAUUCGUCGUUCGAGCAUCAGAUAGCUUGACCGAAGAAGAUGUAAAAGCCUGGAUCAAAGACAAAGUCUCUUCGCAUAAACAACUUGCUGGAGGAGUAGAAUUCUUGCGAGAGAUUCCGAAAUCACCCGCUGGAAAAAUUCUGCGGCGAGUGUUACGCGAUCGUGUUCCGUCUAAACUUUAAAUAAUGCUAGCGAAAACACGCUACUAUUUCAAGAGUAGUUUUAAGCGAAAUCCUA